GGUUACAGGGAUUUUCAUCAUUUGCUCACUUGAUGAAAUUCAGAAAGCCUCACGUGGUUGCAGGAGGAAAUAAAAAAGGCAAAACCCAUGCACCUGGACUGAGCAGCAAGAGCAGGGAGCAAGUCUACACAAUGGCUGCAGAGGUCCACAUGCCAGGCCCCAUGUGCCUCAUCAAGAAUGUGAAAGGUCAACUGAUAGCCAACCAGGAGGCUCUGGGGAUCCUGUCUGACAUCACACAGCCUGUGGUGGUGGUGGCCAUUGUGGGUCUCUACCGCACAGGCAAGUCCUAUCUGAUGAACAAGCUGGCUGGGAAGCAAACAGGCUUCUCUCUGGGCUCCACGGUGCAGUCUCACACCAAGGGGAUCUGGAUGUGGUGUGUCCCUCAUCCCCAGAAGCCAGGCCACACCCUAGUUCUGCUUGACACUGAGGGCCUAGGAGAUGUCGAGAAAGGUGACAAUCAGAAUGACUGCUGGAUCUUUGCCCUGGCUAUACUUCUAAGCAGCACCUUUGUGUACAACAGCAUGGGAGCCAUCAACCAGCAGGCCAUGGACCAGCUGCACUAUGUGACAGAACUGACAGACAGAAUCAGAUCAAGAUCCUCACCUAAGCAGGGUGAGGUGAAGGACUCAGAUGAGUUUGUGAGCUUCUUCCCGGACUUUGUGUGGACUUUGAGGGACUUCUCUCUCGAGCUGAAAGUAAAUGGGGAAUCCAUCUCUGCAGAUGAAUACCUAGAGAAUUCCCUGAAGCUUAUACAGGGUACCAGCGAAAAAGAAAAAGAGUUUGAUCUGCCUCGGCUCUGUAUCCGCAAAUUCUUCCCAAAGAAGAAAUGCUUUGUCUUUGAGCGGCCAGUACAUGGGAAGAAGCUUGGCCAGCUGGAAUCGCUGCAGGAUCAAGACCUGGACUCCGACUUCAUGGGACAAGUGGCAGAGUUCUGUUCCUAUGUGUUCAGCUGCUCCAAGGUUAAAACACUUUCAGGAGGCAUCAAGGUCAAUGGAGCACGACUAAAGAGUUUGGUGGUAACCUAUGUGAACACCAUCUGCAGUGGGAGUCUGCCCUGCAUAGAGAAUGCCGUCCUGGCUUUGUCACAGACAGAGAAUGCAAGUGCAGUGCAAAAGGCCGUUGCCAACUAUGAUCAGCAAAUGACACAAAAGUUGCAAUUACCCACAGAAUCGCUCCAGGAGAUGAUGAAUGUGCACAGGGCCAGUGAGAAAGAAGCCAUCAAGAUCUUCAUGAAAAAUUCCUUCAAAGAUAUUAAUCAAGUAUUCCUAACGGAAUUAGCGACCAAGUUAGAAAGAAAGCAAGGGGAAUUCUAUAAGAAGAAUCUACAGGCUUCCUUUGAUCGAUGCUCAGCUCUGCUUCAGGAUAUUUUCGGUCCAUUAGAAGAAGAGGUGAAGAAGGGAGUGUAUUACAAACAAGGAGGUUAUUGUCUUUUAAACCAGAAGAUACAGAUAUUGAAGAAAAAGUACUAUGAAGAACCCAGGAAAGGGUUACAGGCUGAGGAAGCUCUGCAGAAAUUUUUGCAGUCCAAGGAGGAUAUGAUUGAUUCAGUUCUACAGACAGACAAGACUCUGACCGAAAAGGAAAAGGAGAUUGAAGUGAAGCGUGUGAAAGCAGAGACUGCCUCAAAAAUACGAGAGGAAAUGCAAAAGAAGAACGACCAGUUGAUGAAAGAGAAAGAGAAGAGCUAUGAGGAGCGCAUGAAAAAGUUGACUGAGAAGAUGGAGAAGGAACAAGCCCAGAUGAGGGCUGAGCAACAGAGGAUCAUGGAACACAAACUUCAGGAGCAGGCUCAACUACUAAAUAAGACCUUCCAACUGGAACGCACAAUACUUGAAAAUGAGAUAAGGCAUCUCAAUGAAAAGGAAGCCUCACGAAGAUGUGUCAUAAGCUAAAGGCCUAAAAAAUCUUGCUGUCCUGCUAUUCAAAACAGAGAUGAAUAGAGGAUGGAAUUAGGAACAAGAGUCUCUCUAGUUGAUAGUAAUUGGGUCCUGCAUCAGAAACCUAAUAAUCACGUUUAUCUGCAAGACUGUGCACCAAGGAUAUCAUUGACAUCUCUACUACAGGAGAAGUUUCAACAGCACUGCUCAGAAUAAAAUCACAUUUCCAGAUGAUCUCCAUGGGGCAAAUGGACACUGAGCAUAUUCUUAAAUCUUGACACAUAAUUAAGAACCAAGUUGUCCAGGGAUUUAAUGGGUAUGGGACCUGGAUAACCACCCUCAUUCCUUAGUGGAGACAAUGUAAAGUUCUGCAUUAUAUCAAAAGUGCUCAACCUUUUGACAAUGACAUGAUUUUUAGACACUGGUGGUGGAAAAUCCUAUCAACACAAUCCAUUAUGAAUGAAGACACCUGCAUGGAGAUCUAAUAUAUAUAUUAGAUAUACUCCACUUGAAGAUGGAAGAUGAAUCCACAACUCCAUGGGUGAAGAAGAAAAUGUUUCAGUUCACAAAGAUUGAAACUGUAAUGGAACAUUCCCAAACAUUAAGAGGUGACUCUGGCCGGGCGUUGGUGCACACCUUUAAUCCCAGCAUUCGGGAGGCAGAGGCUGGCGGAUCUCUGUGAGUUCGAGGCCAGCCUGGUCUCCAGAGCGAGUGCCAGGACAGGCUCCAAAGCUACACAGAGAAACCCUGUCUCGAAAAACCAAAAAAAAAAAAAUUAAAAAAGAGGUGUCUCUGUAUAGCAACAUGAUACGUAAGCAUACUGUGAAGCAGUAGCUUUAAAGAUAGAUACUGAAUGAUGAUUAAUAAUCUGUGGACAUCAAAGGUGCUUUAAUAAUUUAACUGUAACCAUAAACUUACACUACUACUCUUUUUUCCUUUUAGCAGCUGUACUUGAAAUUCUGUUGAUUUUCCC